AUGUAUGGGGAGGGCGUCUACUUUGCAUCCGCGGCUUGCAAAGCCCAUCAAUACACCUGCGAGGAUCAUAAGUCGGGCUGUUGCUGCAAGCGUGAGCGGACUUUGAUUAUUGCCCGUGUGGCGCUUGGCGAUGCAUAUGUCACAAGGGAAACCAGAAAGAAGGAACGGAGACCACCAGUGAGAAACUGCGCAUUCGGAAUCACUUAUGACUCUAUUGUUGUGAACCCUGGUCCAUUCCAGGGCCACCACAAUCCAAAUUCAAUACAGGUUCAUCAAGAGUUUGUGCUUUGUGACAGGGAACAGGCGUAUCCUUGCUAUGUGGUUCAGUAUCACUUGUGA